GCCAUUUGCCUGUCCCGAUCGCCGACCCACCGUAUCCCUUUUACGUCUUCCCCAAGUCUCCCGUUCCCUUAUAUCGAUCGCCCGCUCCUUCCCCUUUCCGAUCCCUCAGAAACAGAGGCGUCGGUGGAAUAGCCUCUUGUCAUCCUUCUCUCGUGUAUCAUAUUCGUUUCUGUUUACCCCCUUCGCCCGAUUAGAAUUUUAUCCUUAGGGUUAGGGUUUGCAUCUCUGUUAUCAACCAAGAUAGGAGAACGACCGGAGGUCCAGGGUUUCAUUGCAAUAACCGUGAGUCCGACGAUGCGGCCAGACACUGCCGAUAACAGCCACCACCAACACCAUCACCGCAACGACCGUAGGCCAGCCUCCGGCUCUUCCGGAGGCCGCAUCCACCACCGGCCCAUCGUUUCUGGCGGGAACCGCCAGGAGUGGGUCCCCCGUGGUUCCGCUCCUUCUGUAGCUGCCUCCACCGCCGCCCCCGCCGCCGCCAACCCCAUCCGUCCCACUGCUCCGGCAGCGGCCGGACCUGCCCACCGACAUCGGCCCCGCCAGGCCCAUAUCCCCCGGCCUUCUCUGCCGCCAACCGUUGCGGCUCCUUCGGAUGACGCAUCGGAUCCCUCUCUACCGCGGCUGGUCCAGGAGAUCCAGGACAAGCUGGCGAGGGGGGUGGUUGAGUGCAUGAUCUGCUACGAUAUGGUGCGGCGCUCGGCCCCGAUCUGGUCGUGUUCCAGCUGCUAUUCCAUUUUCCACCUUCACUGCAUUCGGAAGUGGGCCCGCUCCCCUACAUCCUCCGAUGCCCCAUCCGCCUCAGUAGACGGAAGUGGCGACCGCGCCGGAUGGCGGUGCCCCGGAUGCCAGUCGGUACAAUCCGUCCUCGCCAAGGAUCUCACCUACAGUUGCUUCUGUGGCAGCCGAGGGGAUCCGCCGAACGAUCUCUACCUCACCCCCCACUCCUGCGGUGGACCCUGCCGGAAACCUCUCGACCGGACUCCAGCGGUUCCCGAUGCUGAUAAUGAUGAGUUCCGUUGUCCCCAUGUGUGUGUUCUUCAGUGCCAUCCUGGGCCGUGCCCACCGUGCAAGGCCUUUGCCCCACGUCGGCCGUGCCCCUGCGGCAAGAAGACGAUCGUCCGGCGGUGCUCCGAUCGAGAAAGUCCCUUGACCUGCAGGCAGCAGUGUGAUCGUCUCCUUUCUUGUGGCCGUCACAGGUGCGAACGGAUUUGCCACACCGGCGCUUGCAGCCCCUGCCGGGUACUUGUCACAGCUUCUUGCUUCUGUAAUAAGAAGAUCGAGAUCGUUCUUUGUGGUGAUAUGGUGGUGAAGGGUGAUGUCCAAACUAUUGGAGAUGGGGUAUUCUCUUGCAAUUCUAUCUGUGGUCGAGUUCUUUCUUGUGGGAACCAUUUCUGCGGAGAGAAAUGCCAUCCGGGGCCCUGUGGUGAGUGCGAGUUACUGCCUGAGAAGAUCAAGAGUUGUUAUUGUGGAAAGACCAAAUUGGAGAAUGGAAGGAAGAGUUGCCUGGAUCCGAUUCCUACUUGUUCUGGACUUUGUGAAAAGGUCCUUUCUUGUGGGAUCCAUAGGUGCAGAGAGAUUUGUCAUGAGGGAGAUUGCCCUCCUUGUAUGGUACUGGUCGAUCAGAGAUGCCAGUGUCGGUCCUCAAAUCGGACAGUGGAGUGUUACAAGGUUUCCAGGGAUGCAGAAAUUUUUGUUUGUGAUAAGUCCUGUGGUAAGAAAAAGAAUUGUGGGAGGCACCGGUGCAAUGAGCGUUGCUGUCCUCUCUCUAGACCUGGUGGGGAGCUCUUAGGCAGCGAUUGGGACCCCCACUUGUGCUCCAUGCCUUGCGGAAAGAGGCUCCGGUGUGGGCAACAUUCUUGCCAGUUGCUGUGCCACAGCGGGCACUGUCCGCCAUGUCUUGAAACCACAUUCACUGAUCUCAUGUGUGCUUGCGGAAAGACAUCAAUCCCACCACCAGUUCCCUGUGGUACCCCGGCACCAUCGUGCCCCCAUCCUUGCUUGGUUCCCCAACCAUGUGGCCAUCCUGCUUCCCACACCUGCCAUUUUGGGGAUUGUCCUCCAUGCUCAGUGCCAGUUGCAAAGGAAUGUGUUGGAGGGCAUGUGUUGUUGAGGAACAUACCAUGUGGAUCCAAGGAUAUCAGGUGCAAUCAACUCUGUGGCAAGACUCGGCAAUGUGGGAUUCAUGCUUGUGGUAGGACUUGUCAUCCUCCUCCAUGUGAUGCUUCGUUUGCUUCAGGGUCUGGUUCUGGUGCGAAGUCUUCUUGUGGGCAGGUCUGUGGUGCGCCGAGGAGAGAUUGCAAGCACACUUGCAGUGCUCCAUGUCAUCCUUCAGAGCCUUGCCCUGAUCUUAGGUGUGACUUCCCAGUCACAAUAACUUGUUCUUGUGGCCGUAUUACCGCUAGUGUGCCUUGCAGUGCUGGAGGCAGCAGCAGUGGGUUUCAUGUGGACACUGUGCUAGAAGCAUCUAUCCUUCAGAAGCUUCAUGUUCCGUUGCAGCCAGUGGAAGCCAAUGUGAAGAAGAUCCCUCUUGGCCAGAGGAAGCUUUCUUGUGAUGAUGAGUGUGCUAAGAUGGAGAGGAAACGUGUCCUUGCAGAGGCAUUUGACAUAACUCCUCCUAAUUUGGAUGCUUUGCAUUUUGGUGAGAAUUCAACAGCCUCCGAAUUGCUUUCUGACCUUUUCAGGCGGGAACCAAAGUGGGUGUUGGCUGUGGAGGAGAGAUUCAAGUUCUUGGUGCUUGGAAAGACAAAAGGUGCAUCGGGAGGUCUUAAGGUACAUGUCUUUUGCCCCAUGUUGAAAGAGAAGAGGGACGCAAUUAGACACAUAGCAGAGAGAUGGAAACUUGCAGUCCAAGCAGCAGGAUGGGAGCCAAAGCGAUUUCUUGUAGUACAUGUGACGCCCAAGUCUAGACCACCAGCUCGGAUAUUGGGCUUCAAGCCUGGUGUUCCAAUAACUGCUCAACCUCCGGCUUUUGAUCCUCUAGUCGACAUGGAGCCUAGACUUGUAGUUUCAAUGCUAGACUUGCCUCGGGACGCAGAUAUAAGUGCAUUGGUGCUAAGAUUUGGUGGGGAAUGUGAGCUGGUAUGGUUAAAUGACAAGAAUGCGUUAGCUGUUUUUGGUGACCCAGCAAGGGCUGCAACUGCACUGAGGCGGUUAGAUCAUGGAUCAGUUUACCAGGGUGCGGCUGUGGUUUCUAGUCUUCCAGUGCUUAAUGCAUGGGGAACAGGACCUAAAGAGGGUGGAGUUGCUUCAAAAGGCAGCAAUUCAUGGAAGAAGGUUGUUUCCUCUGAAUCAGACUCUUGGGGCGGGGAGUGGUCGUCUUCUGGGGCUGAUGCCACAGUGCCUUCUUGGAAGCCGACGGAGGCUGCACCUAUCUCGACUUCAUCAAACCCAUGGAGUGUUCUUGAUUCUGAGACAACUAUGAAUUCAGUGUCCACAGAAUCAGCUGCUGACCGGAUCAUGGUUUCUGGUGUGAAAGGUGGAUCACCUGAAACAGAUGGUGUGGUCUCUACUGAACAGGGUGCUGCUGUUGGUAAUGUAGAGAUGCAUGAAGAGGUGGAUGACUGGGAAGAAGCCUAUGAGUGAGACUGUGGGCCGACUUUUGAAGUUGCUUAUUUUUUUCCUUUUGAUGAUGAAGUGGCCUAAAUCAAUUAGUAUAUGAAAUUUACAUUUAAUGUUGUUAUAUUCUUGGCACUAGUGCUCAUCUUUUGUUAUUGUUAUAUAUUUUGUCAGAUAAUGUUGGCGGCAACAUGUGAACAGAAAAUUUGAGCAAAUUGUGCAAGAUUCUGUCUUUUA